GCCAAGCUUUGAAAGUUUUGAAGGUGGAAGCAACCGCCAUCAACGGGCGCAACACAAUUCUAGUCCAACAAGCAUCUUCGUCGCCUUAUUCUGUCCUGUGCUUUCGUUUUUCUCCUAUCGACCUUGAAUUAUAGAAAACAAACAGUAAAGCUGAAGCAAUCAAAGCAGUAAGAGCAAAGGCAAAGGAAGACGGCGGGAAAAGGAAAACCAAAAAACGGAAAGUCACCUAACACGCCAUAAUUUCCAAUUUCCAAUAGCCUUCUACUUUUUUAAGUCAGUUGCUGGAUAACAACUCCAAAGAUCAGAGCCUUCUCUCCCAGAAGACGGGAUUGUCUUCGAUUGAGUCCUGAGAUGGGCUUUGCAGCUACUUCCGCACUCCCCUCACAACUAAAACCAUCUCUCUGGGAACAAAAAGGUUCUCUCUUCGUAUAUGAGAACAAGCCCAGGAAGAAUCGAUCCCCUGUUCCGGUUGCGCGGCUUUUUGGGCCGGCGAUCUUUGAAGCGUCGAAGCUGAGGGUUUUGUUCUUAGGAGUGGACGAAAAGAAGCACCCUGGUCAUCUUCCAAGGACUUACACGCUAACCCACAGUGAUGUCACCUCUAGACUUACCCUCGCUAUCUCUCAAACGAUCAAUAGAUCUCAGCUACAGGGUUGGUACAAUAGGUUACAAAGGGACGAAGUAGUUGCAGAGUGGAAGAAAGUGAAGGGAAAGAUGUCCCUCCAUGUCCACUGUCACAUUAGUGGAGGUCAUUUCCUUCUAGAUCUCUGUGCGAGGCUCAGAUUCUACAUCUUCUCCAAAGAGCUUCCAGUGGUGUUGAAAGCUUUUGUCCAUGGAGAUGGGAAUCUCUUCAACAACUACCCAGAAUUGAAAGAUGCUGAGGUUUGGGUUUAUUUUCACUCUAACCUUCCAGAGUUCAAUAAGGUUGAAUGUUGGGGUCCAUUGGAAGAUGCAGCAGCACCCUCUGAUGGUGGAGGUAAAGGUGAGGGGCCUGGCCACGAACUAUUCCCUUUGGAUUAUACAGAGAACAGCAACUGGGUUAGACCAGAGCCGUGCCAGGAGGACUGUUCAUGUUGCUUUCCACCGACUAGCUUGAUUCCGUGGCCCCAAGAUUUCCCAGUUGAGGGCCAUGAGAGGCAACAAAGCUUAAAGCAGCAAAUCGUAAACUGAACAGAUGAGAGGCAUGAGGCCCAGUUCAGCUUGACAAGGACAACUACCUACUUGGGAAGUUAGUUCUCACAGAAGCCCAAAGCUAGCCAACCUCGUGGAUAUUUGUCUGUGGAUGUAAAUAGAAAGCAUUCCUGGAAGUCCCUCAAACCGAAGAUGGUGAGGUUUGGAACAUAGGAUAUUUAGUUUUCUUCCCUCUUUUGUUAUUUAUAUAUUAUUUACUUUUCUUUUCUUUUGUAGGUUAGAUUUUGUUAUUUAUGUUUUUAAUGGUAUGCCUGUGGAGGUCUAAACCUAAAUUGAUUAAAGGGGUUUUUUUUU